GAGUGGACUGGGGAUACUGGGGGGCACUGGGAGGCACUGGGGGGCACUGGGGGAUGUGACAAUUGGAGUGGACUGGGGAUACUGGGAGAUACUGGGGGACACCAGGGGCCCUGUUGGACUUGGGGCCCCCCCCCGUGGGUUGGAGACCCCCCCCCAGCCUUGGGGUGCCGAUGACGAUCCACAACCUGUACAUCUUCGACCGGGCCGGCACCUGCCUGCACUACGGGGAGUGGCACCGGCGGCGCCAGGCGGGGAUCCCCCGGGAGGAGGAGUUCAAGCUCAUGUUCGGGAUGCUCUUCUCCCUCCGCUCCUUCGUGGGCAAGAUGAGCCCCACAGACAUCUCGGCGCGCAGGCGGGACGGCUUCGUCUCCUUCCAGACCAGCAAAUACCGGCUCCACUACUACGAGACGCCGAGCGGGCUGCGCCUCGUGCUCAACACCGACCUCAGCGUCGCCAGCGCCCGCGAGGCCCUGCACCACAUCUACAGCCACCUGUUCGUGGAGCUGGUGGUGAAGAACCCGCUGUGCCCCCCCCGGCAGCCGGUGCAGAGCGACCUCUUCCGCUCCCGCCUGGACGCCUUCGUGCGCAGCCUGCCCUUCUUCGGGCCCCGCCCCGCCUGACCCCCGGGGCACCCCAAAACCUGGGGGGCACCCCAAAACCUGGGGGGCACCCCCUAAACCCCCCCUGGUACCCCUAAAACCCCCCGGUACCUGUAACCCCCCCCCCCCGGCACCUCUAAACCCCCAGGGUACCCUGAGAUCCCUGGGGGGGGACCUCUAAACCACCCCCUCUGGGGGGCACCCCAAAACCUGCGGGGCACCCCAAAACCGGGGGGGCACCCCUAAACCCCCCCCGGCACCUCUAAACUCCCAGGGCACACACCCCCCCCCCCCCCAAAACCCGAGGGGCUCCCCAAACCGCCUCCUGGCACCCUUAAACCCCCCAGCACCCCGAUAUCCCUGGGGGGCACCCCAACCCCCCCUCGGGGGCACCCCCAAAACCCGGGGGGCAUCCCAAAACCCCCCCCGGACCCCCCCAAACCCCGGGGGGCACCCCGACAUCCCCAGGAGGGGAUCAGGGUGCCCCCCCCUCCACACCUGGGGGGACCCCAACAUUCCUGGGGGCACCCCGAUACCCCUGGGGGGGUCCCUGCACCCUGGGGGUACCCCAAAUCUGUUGGGGGGGUCGCAGCCCCCCCAAAAUGGAAUAAAGUUGUUUUGGUGGUU